GAGAGAGAGAGACAGAGAAGAGAAAAAGGAAAGAGAAAGAUACGUUCAAUGGCGAUGCUGGAAUGCAUAAAGUUAGAUAAAAAUAACCACACGUUCACACAUACACACAGACACGCACAGAGACUAUAAGCAAACAUCCUAACACAUAAUACACUCGAAGAAAACAAACACACAAACAAGGCCACAUAAUCUCACACACUCACCCUCUUCUAUGACUGACACACCAGACGCAUACUGACUCACACACAUACAUACACAACUGAUAUAAGCCUCGGCGCCACACCACAGCAGCACCAUCAGCAGGAACAGCAUCACGAACAAGAGAAGGAAAGCAGAUAAGGAGAGGAGUGCUGGAGAGCGAACUAUCACUGCUGCUAAGGGGGAAAAAAAAUUGCGUCUGUUGGGAGGGCAAAAAACAUGCGGUUGUGUUUACGUGCUUUUCUGACCAUUAGUUGGAUUUCCUGAUGCUGUGUUGGAUAUCAAGACACUGGAAGAAGACGAAGAAGAAGAAGAAAAAGCAUCGGGCCCGACAUCGCAUUCCUCAAUGAUUCCCUUUUCUCUAAGUCUGUGUCGCAGCCUUCUACUGGCAUCGCUGCUCUGUGCUUACUGGAUAGUCUACGGACAAAAGCUCACUCGCAGACUCGGUAUACUGGAAACUGCGCACAAUGAGACCGAAAUUGUGGACUCGUGGUUCUCUGAAACCAUCCUAAAAUAUGAAGUGGAGUUGUUCCCCAUGAAAGUUGAAGCGCUGGCCAAUAUAACUUACAAAGACAUGAAGAGAGUGAUUGACACACUGGAAGCAGAAAAUAUUCGAGCAGUUUUGGGAAAUUUCAACCCAGUAAUGGCUAAAGCGACGAAUCACCUGAAUAUACCUUAUUUUGUGACUACUUUGGCAAUCUCAGAUCGAGCAAUCGGCGGAAAUUUGAUUCGUCUGUUUCCAGGCAUUUCUACAUUCUUCAGAGCCAUCAAGGAUAUGCUGGAUUACCGAGAUAAAAAGCGGAUUGCUAUAAUCUACAACAGCCUUGAAGGCUUUCUUUUGGUUGAGAAACUUAUUCAUAUUUACCAGCUGGAUGUAAAGGCUGCCAAAAUCACGUCAGACAAACGUAGUAUACCUGAGAUAAUACGCUACCUGAAGACAACUCGUUCUCAAUUCUUUAAUCAAUAUAUUGUCAUCUGUGACUCUGUCACUGUUACACGAAUACUUAGACAGGCUCUAUUACUAAGUAUGAUGUCGUAUCCAUAUAACUGGUUAGUAGUCAACAUGGGACUGGAGGAAGUAGAUUUGGAUGAUCUAAUUCCGGCGCAUCCUAAUGUAACAUUGCUUCAGCUCAUGGUAGACCAAAAUUCGUCCCAAUGUACAGAAACUAUGUUAACCGAUAAAAACCUGACCUUAGCUGAUGCAAUACUUCACGAUGCUUUUCUUUUAUCGAUGGAAUUAAUGGAUUCAACAAAUGAGAACUUAACAAAAGUCGAAUCUAACUCUACAUUAGCGUUACCAAUACAAACGAUUCACAAAGAUGGUUGUACGGGUCAUCUAUCUUUUCAACAAAACCAAGUUCGCAAAGAAGAGUUUCUCCAACUUAUCAUUCUUGGUGGUAUGCACAAUGGCUCGCCUGUUACAUCCGACGAAGUAGGAAAUAGGUUCUCAUACUUCUACCAGCAGUAUGUGCCACCAAUACAUAUGAUGUACACUAUAACAGACGCUGCACAUGGUACCUGGCGUAGCGGUCCGAAGACCAGAGACUCGAGAAUUAUGAUCAAUCGAAGUGUUAGCAGUGUUCCACGGUACCGCGGAGACAUCUUUGGAACGAAGCCUCUUAGAGUAGUAACCAUCAUAGAACCACCUUUUGUUCAAGUGAGAAACUCCACCGAUUAUCUAAACGAUGAUCCUGUUAAGUCCAGAAAUAACCUGCAGUUGGAGGGGUUUUGCAUUGAUAUACUUAAAGCCAUGUCAAAGAUUUUAAAAUUUCAAUUUGAAAUUUAUCUCGCACCCGAUGGAAAAUUUGGCAGCAAGAAGAAAAGAGGUUGGACAGGAAUGAUCCGAGAACUAAUGGAUAAUAAAGCUGAUGUUGCUUUGGCACCAUUUAGCGUUACCCCUGAGCGAUCACAAGUGGUGGACUUUACCAAGUCAUUCAUGACGAAAGGUACCACAGUGGUCGUAAAGAAGCCACAGAGAACAGUGUGGAUGUUUCAGUUUUUAUUUCCGUUAUCAAACUAUGUGUGGAUUGCAAUAUUUUUAUCCUUUCUCGUGGUCAGCCUUGCACUGUUUGGCGUGAGUCGAGUCAACUCUGACAAACACCGCAAAUAUACGCACAACUUCCUCGAGAGCUUUUGGUACAUAUGGGGAACAUUACUACGUGGAAGUCUGAAGAGUUCCCCAUUAGCAGUAUCUAGUAGAAUCAUAAGUAGUUCAUGGUGGCUUUUUUCACUGAUUAUCAUAUCUGUGUACACAGCCAAUCUUGCUGCUUUUCUCACUGUUACUAACAUUUAUUUACCAAUAGAAAACGCAGCAGACCUAGCAUAUCAAACAGCAUAUGACUAUGGAACGGUAAAUGAGAGCCAAAUUGAAGACUUUUUCAAGCACACCAAUAUUAGUCAUUAUAGUAAGAUGUGGCUCCAUAUGAGGUUUAAUGACAAGAGCAUUGUACAAAGGGUAGAAGAAGGAUUAGCUAGAGCAAGAAACACCAAAUAUGCCUUUAUCUGGGAUUCUCCGACACUUCGAUGGGAAAUUGCUGACAAAUGCGAUCUUAUGGAAAUCGGAAAUCCAUUCGAUUUGAAAGGUUAUGGAUUUGCUGUACGGAAAGACACAGCCUAUACAGAGGCAUUAUCAAAUGCCAUUUUAAAACUGGGUGACACUGGUGAAAGACAGAAGAGCGAGGGCAAAUGGUGGCGAGUGUCAUCCUGCCCAGAUGGUCACCAAAGUACGAAAACAACAUCGCUUCGUCUAGAAAACGUGGCAGGCUUAUUCGUCGUGGUACUCGGAGGUAUAGCACUAUCAACAAUAGUGUGCAGUGUGCAUCAAUGUACAUCCCGCACAAGACACAGCAGCAGUAACAACGUCAAAGAGGGAAAUCAUUACAAGGACAAUGAAAUGAGUAUGACACCGAAGCGUCAUGGAAUUCACCCUCCUCGUUCAUCUCUGGUGGAAGUUAAAGAUGAAGAGAGUGUCAUGAAUCGUAUGAACUGGGAAUGAGAGAAAUUGUGAAAACUGACGACUGAAUGACGAGCAGACCGUUUCAAACUGAAGGGGAAUGACAGAACUAUACCGAAAACUAUUACAGAAAUUAGAUAAACAUUUUCGGGGAACAGUUCUGUGACUAUUACGCUAAUCUGGUAAAUAAACAAAAGAAUGGAUUAAAUAAAAUCAGUUACAUUGGUCAGAAGAACGAGAAGUACGAGAAGAAAGAAACAUGUUGUUUGCGAAAGAAGUACAG